AUGUUUAAGUCAAGGCUGAUGUUGCCUUACAUUAAAUUCCACACAUUGAGGCAUACAGCUUAUUAAUUAAACACUCAUAUCAGAUUGGUGCUCCGUAUCGGCCGAUACCCAAAGUGCACGUAUAUAUAUAUUCAUCCUGAAAAGUUUGGAUCGGUGCAUCCCUAAUCUGAUACAUACUAUGUAAUGUAAUGCAUGUGAAGACAUGCGUUACAUUACAUAGUAUGUUACAUGCAUAAGGCUCUGAAGCAGUACAGAGAGCUGCUUGUUUGUGCCAAAUUAGGUCCAGGUCCAUUCUAACCUGUUGCUGUAUCUGGGUCUUCUGAAGCAUUCAUUAACUGAAUUAUUUACUGUUGUGCUGACUGUCUUACACACCAGCAUAAUCCACUGUGUGUGUGUGUGUGUGUGUGUGUGUGUGUGUGUGUGUGUGUGUGUGUGUGUGUGUGUGCGUGCGUGCGUGCGUGCGGGUGGACUUGUGCGCAUGGGUAUAUGACAGGAAAAUGCGACGUCAUUCAAAGAAGAAUAUUUUGACAGUGGUGCUUCUCGUUGGAGUAUUGUACUUUCUUAACUUCCUAAUUGCUGGCUGGAUAAUUUCACACGAACCGAUUCCAAAUGAGUUAACUUUUCAAGGAGAGAGGUUGGUUAGUAAAGAGUCGUGGGUGGAACGGGGAGAUUAUCUGCCUCUCAAUGUGUCCUAUCAGGUGCUUGCUGGAGCCCCAUCUACUCAACAGAGUGAGUUACACACCUUGUCUGCCCCUUUUGUGAAGAGGAAGAAGGGCAGCUAUCUAAUCCCCACCUUGAAGUCCCUCUUCUUACAGUCAUCUCCUGAAGAGCGCUCUUCCAUGGUGGUGGUAGUGCUGCUGGCAGAGUUUGAUGUCAGCUGGAGAGUCACUACAGCGGUGGAGAUCAAAAGUGCAUUUGCUUUGGAGCUGGAACAGGGCCAGCUGGUGGUCCUCCAUGUUCCUCAGGAUCAGUACCCUUCUCUUACAGGUCUAAAGAGGAACUACAACGAUGCUCCAGAAAGGGUAUCGUUCCGCCCCAAGCAGAACCUGGAUUACUCCUUCCUGAUCCACUACAGUGCCGGUCUUGGCAAAUACUACCUCCAGCUGGAGGACGACGUCUCCUCUGCAAAAAAUUUCCUCUCCACCAUCAGGAAGCGCGUUGAGGAGCAAGAGGCGAAGAAGACCACCUGGGCAAUGCUGGAAUUCUCAGUCCUCGGCUACAUUGGUAAACUAUACAAAGGCCAUCUUCCUCUCCUAGCCCGCUUCCUCUUCCUCUUCUACCCGGAAAUGCCUUGCGACUGGUUAAUGUCUCGUUUCCGAGAUUUGCUGACACAAAGGGAGCCAAUCAUUUUCAAACCCUCACUGUUCCAACACAUGGGGACUUACUCCUCGUUCCAAGGGACUUACAACAAGCUAAAGGACAAGAACUUUGAGGAAUUGUUAUACACCAAUCCUUCAGCUGAGGUUUAUUCUGAUAUGUCCACCUACAAGUAACACUACCCCAAACUGGCCUUGGAUGCUGGUGAGGGAUUUUUCUGGGGACGCUCCCCAGAAAACGGAACUUACCUGACUGCAGUGUUCACAGAGCCUGCAGUAGUGAUGGGGAUAUUUGUAGAAACAGGAUCAGAGGGUAAAGACCUCCUGGAGUCAGCUCAGGUGGAGAUAGGCCAUAACGUGAUUACCACAGAGAAAGGGGAGAAGAGUUGUAAAGAGUUCCAGUCAGUGGGGACGUUAGAGAAUGGGAGGUUUGAGAAGCUAGAGAUAGACAAAAAGUAUAGUUUUAGCUCUUCUUGUCUGAGGAUAAAAGUCACAGCUGGGCAGAAGGAGUGGGUGAUCAUCAAGAAAAUCAGGAUCUCAAUAAAGCCUAGUACAAUUCCACACCAAACCUAGGAGUGAUUUCUUUCUUCCGGCCAGAUGAAUAUUUUUUUAUUUGACCUGCUGGAUCUUGUAUGCAAGCUGAACAUGUGACUUUUGUGCCUUGUUAAACAUUCUCACUGACGUAGCAACAUUCCAGUGCCUAAUGAAAUGGUGUGAAGCUGCUGUCAAUAAGAAGAUGUUUGUUCCUUUGAUGAGAAUUGAACAUCACUGCUGAUGAUAAUUUAGGUUAUUUGUAAAUAACAGUUAUGGUGCUAUAAUUAGCUUCAGCUGUGCGUAUUGGUCGCGGCUUUAAAACGAGAUUAAGUAUUAGAGGUUGUUCUAAUUUUCUACCUCACGCUUGAGGCGUCCGAGGAAUCCAAGGUAAUUCCUUUCCAAUCUAUUUUGUCUCUUUAACAACAUAACUACGUCAACAAGCGCUUGAGCAACACUUCAGCGGCUAUUCUCUGACAAUGUAGCUUGGCCGUUUUAUAGCUUUUGUCGCUCGUAGUGUGAACAUAGCGUCAUACAGCGUUUUGCUGCCGAUGAUGUGUGGUGUUGAUUUUGUUAGGUGGAGCUCAACCUAUGCUCGGAGCCCAAAAACCGACAACCUACUCAGGGAAGGGUACCUAGCAACAGGGACAUUUGAGAGGAGGCUGGCGGACAGGUCUGGAAUAUCUCGGUCAACAUGAAGCUGUGUCAUGCCCAUCAUGUGUGUUACGUCCUCUCUCUGUAGACAGCGAUGCACUGUUGUUCCUCUCACAGCCUCACACCCUGGGAUCGGUCCAAACCAUGGAGGUUUCCCUUUGCUCUGAUGUCAUCAGUCCCAUCCCCCAAUCCCACGGCUGUCUUCUCAAAUCGAGACAUCUGGGACUCACAACCGGGGAGGUGAUGAUCUUCAUUGAACAGUUCGCCAUUGUGCUUCUUAUUGAUAAACUGGGAUGCUGUGUCCUUGAACUUUGUGUUUUCAAUUUUGAUGUAUAACAGGGUGUUAACAAAGAGGCACUAGUUUUGUGGACUUGACAGGGAUUAGUUUGUUAUUGUGUUUGCAUUUUCAUUUGUGUCCUUUGUGUGGUUGCUCCUUAAGUUAAGAUAGGCAGCUAUUUAUUUUACUUGUAUUUUCUGCACCUGUGAAUUUAAGAUGCAUAGUAGAGAUUGAUUUGUUUGGUUGCUGAUGUGGCACCAUUCCAUGGCCUUUUCUUUACGUGCCAACAUCAGUUGAUUUAUCUGUGAUUGUGGGUUUCUUUUCUGUAUUGUUGCUUGUUUUUUGGGGUCCUUUGGCAAUAAAUGACAAUCAACGCCUGAUUACA